UCCGAAUGUCCUGGCUCAUCCAGGGAGUCUUACGGGGAAACAUCUCCUUGGUGCUGGUGGAGAACAGAACCGGGAAGGAGCAGAGCAGGAUUGUCUGGCAUGUUGCCACAAAUGAAGGCCUGAGCCUGUGGCAGUGGACGGUGCUGCCCCUCCUUGACGUGGCUGACAGGUUCUGGCUGCAGAUUGUCGUAUGGUGGGGACAAGGAUCCAGAGCCACCGUGGCUUUUGACAAUAUCUCCAUCAGCCUGGACUGCUACCUCACCAUCAGUGGGGAGGACAAGAUGCUGCAGAAUACAGCACCCAAGUCAAGAAAUCUGUUUGAAAGAAACCCUAACAAGGAGAUGAAACUUUGGGAAAAUAUACCAAGAGAGACCCCCCUCUUUGACCCUACAGUUCACUGGCUAUUUACCACGUGUGGGGCCAGUGGGCCCCACGGCCCCACGCAGGCCCAGUGCAACAAUGCUUACCGGAACACCAACCUGAGCGUGGUGGUGGGGAGCGAGGGCCCCCUCAAGGGCAUCCAGACCUGGAAGGUGCCAGCCACCGACACCUACAGCAUCUCGGGCUACGGAGCGGCCGGCGGGAAAGGCGGGAGGAACACCAUGAUGCGGUCCCACGGCGUGUCCGUGCUGGGCAUCUUCAGCCUGGAGAAGGACGACACGCUGUACAUCCUGGUCGGACAGCAGGGAGAGGACGCCUGCCCCAGUACAAACCGAUUGAUCCAGAAAGUCUGCAUUGGGGAGAACAAUGUGAUAGAGGAAGAAAUCCGCGUGAACAGAAGCGUGCACGAGUGGGCAGGAGGGGGCGGCGGAGGGGGCGGAGCCACCUACGUAUUUAAGAUGAAGGAUGGCGUGCCAGUGCCCCUGAUCAUUGCGGCCGGCGGAGGUGGCAGGGCCUACGGGGCCAAGACGGACACGUUCCACCCCGAGAGGCUGGAGAAUAACUCCUCGGUGCUAGGGCUCAACGGCUACUCCGGAGCCGCAGGUGGCGGAGGUGGCUGGAAUGAUAACACUUCCUUGCUCUGGUCUGGAAAAUCCUUGCUGGAGGGUGCCACCGGAGGACAUUCCUGCCCCCAGGCCAUGAAGAAGUGGGGGUGGGAGACCAGAGGGGGUUUCGGAGGGGGUGGAGGGGGGUGCUCCUCCGGUGGAGGAGGCGGAGGAUAUAUAGGCGGCAACGCAGCCUCAGACAAUGACCCCGAGAUGGACGGAGAGGACGGGGUGUCCUUCAUCAGUCCCCUGGGCAUCCUGUACACCCCGGCUUUAAAAGUGAUGGAAGGCCACGGGGAGGUGAACAUCAAGCACUACCUGAACUGUAGCCACUGCGAGGGCGACGAGUGUCACCUGGACCCCGAGAGCCACCAGGUCAUCUGCUUCUGCGACCACGGCACAGUGCUGGCUGAGGACGGCGUCUCCUGCAUUGUGUCGCCCACCCCAGAGCCCCGCCUGCCCCUCUCGCUCAUCCUCUCCGUCGUGACCUCUGCCCUCGUGGCCGCCCUUGUCCUGGCGUUCUCUGGCAUCAUGAUCGUGUACCGCCGGAAGCACCAGGAGCUGCAAGCCAUGCAGAUGGAGCUGCAGAGCCCCGAAUACAAGCUGAGCAAGCUCCGCACCUCAACCAUCAUGACGGACUACAACCCCAACUACUGCUUUGCGGGAAAGACCUCGUCCAUCAGUGACCUGAAGGAGGUGCCACGGAAAAGCAUCACCCUCAUCCGGGGUCUGGGCCACGGUGCGUUCGGGGAGGUGUAUGAAGGUCAGGUGUCUGGGAUGCCCAACGACCCGAGCCCCCUGCAAGUGGCGGUAAAGACGCUGCCUGAGGUGUGUUCCGAGCAGGACGAGCUGGAUUUCCUCAUGGAGGCCCUGAUCAUCAGCAAAUUCAACCACCAGAACAUCGUGCGCUGCAUCGGAGUGAGUCUGCAGGCUCUGCCCCGGUUCAUCCUGCUGGAGCUCAUGGCGGGAGGAGACCUCAAGUCCUUCCUCCGGGAGACCCGCCCUCGCCCGAACCAGCCCUCCUCCCUGGCCAUGCUGGACCUGCUGCACGUGGCCCGGGACAUUGCCUGCGGCUGCCAGUACUUGGAGGAAAACCACUUCAUCCACCGGGACAUUGCCGCCAGGAACUGCCUCUUGACCUGUCCGGGCCCCGGAAGGGUAGCCAAGAUUGGGGACUUCGGAAUGGCCCGGGACAUCUACAGAGCGAGCUACUACCGGAAGGGCGGCUGUGCGAUGCUGCCAGUGAAGUGGAUGCCCCCAGAGGCCUUCAUGGAAGGAAUAUUUACAUCCAAAACAGACACGUGGUCCUUUGGAGUGCUGCUGUGGGAAAUAUUCUCUCUUGGAUACAUGCCAUACCCCAGCAAGAGCAACCAGGAGGUCCUGGAGUUUGUCACCAGCGGAGGACGGAUGGACCCCCCGAAGAACUGCCCUGGGCCUGUAUAUAGGAUAAUGACCCAGUGCUGGCAGCACCAGCCGGAGGACAGGCCCAACUUUGCCAUCAUCCUGGAGAGGAUUGAAUACUGCACGCAGGACCCAGAUGUGAUCAACACGGCUUUGCCAAUAGAAUACGGCCCACUCAUGGAGGAGGAGGAGAAAGUGCCCGUGAGGCCCAAAGACCCUGAGGGAAUCCCUCCUCUCCUAGUCUCUCCCCCGACAGGGAAAGGGGGGGACAAGCAGGACCCAGCUGCCCCGGCCCCCCUGCCCUCCACUUCCUCGGGCAAGGCGGUGAGGAAGCCACCGGCGGCAGAGGUCAACGUUCCAGUGGCCAGAGGGCCGGCCGUGGGAGGGGGACACGUUAACAUGGCUUUCGCUCAGUCGAACCUGCCGCCAUCCGAGCUACACAAAGUCCAGCGAUCCCGGAACAAGCCAACCAGCCUGUGGAACCCCACGUAUGGCUCGUGGUUCACAGAGAAGCCUGCCAGGAAGGCCCGCCUGCCAGCGCAGAAGGAACCCGAGAGGGGAGGCCCGGGACACGGGGGCGGCGGCCCUGUCCCGCCCAGCGCUGCCGUGGGCAGAGUGCCCGGGGCCGCCCUGCUCCUGGAGCCGUCCUCGCUGACGGCCAGCGUGAAGGAAGUGCCCCUGUUCAGGCUGCGCCACUUCCCGUGUGGCACCGUCAACUACGGCUACCAGCAGCAGGGCCUGCCCCUGGAGGCCGCCCCUGCCCCCGGGGCCGGUCACUACGAGGACGCAGCCCUCCAGAGCCAGCCUGGGCCCUGAGCGGGCGCUCGCUGCUUCUCCCGGGGAACCCUGAGCCCAUGGAGGGGACGGGCCGCGGCUCCUCCACAAGCCAGACCAAACGUCACUUUUCCUUUUGUGCCAACUUGUUUUGAAGAGCCACAUAGAAGCUGUAUUUUUCAAAUGCUUUGGAGAGGUAUUGAGCAUGGGUUCAUCCUAUCAUUUCAAAAGAAAAAACUGUCACCAACACAAGUGGGAGGGAGAUACGAGGCCCGGAUUUGGCUGCAUAGGGUUGUCUGCGCAGCUGG